UUUUGCUUUAUUCCAGGCUUCCAUCACGUAACGGCGGUGGUUUUUAAUGCCAGCUUUGUAUUUACAAAAGAGACUUUCGUAACAACCGCAGGUCUGGGGCCGCUUGGCUGGUGGAUAUUUUUCGUAUUUGUGGAUUUUUGUCAAUAAGAAUUUGGAUCCAGCAUGCGCAUACCAACUGCUGCCCUCUUUGCCAAGCGCCAAGCACGCACUCCCCAAAAUGAGGCUGAAGUUCCAUUCCAAGAAAUUUUACCACUGCGUUUAAAGAACACGGUGAGUGGUAAAGCCGACUCUGGAUCAGAUGUAGCCUGCCUGCAGGAGAUGUCUGUACUCUUUGCAUGUCUAAAAGAAAAUGAUUUCGUGGAGAAAAUGUGUCACAAGGAAAUCACACAAUUCAAACGUUGCUACAAAGUUUAUAUGGAUCGCAAAGCCACCGCCAAGGAAACAAUCAAUAAAGGUAUUGUCACUCCUGGCAAGGAGUUGAACUAUAAACAGUUGAAUAAGUACAUGAGACGGUUUCCUAAUCCUGAAUGAAAUGGCGGUGUUUGCAUUUAGUGAUUAUAUGAAUGAUUUUUUUUAGUUUAAAUGGAAAUUGUGGAAUGUUAGCUCCUUGAAUAAUUUCUAAGAAAUAAAAUUGUUUUGAAUAUUUCAGUAA